AUGAGUUACGUCCAGUCGGAUCCAUCCAAACACCGACGUAUUCGAAGAUGGAUGGGUCAAGCAGCGGCCGAAGGAAAGAACCACCAUGCCUCACAGCCGCCAGUGUUCAUGGCCCCCGCUGCAGCUUGCUCGGUCCAAGCAAUACAAGGCAUGCGUCCACCACCACCACCUCUGCCGUAUCGCCCACAAAAUGCUGCUACGAUGUCUAUGAUCCAUCUUCCUCCUGGUCCGCAACUACAAAAUUCAGCUCCCCCGCCAUUACCAUCGACAAGUGAGCUACCGGUGAAUCUCACGCGGCCAGCAUGGCAUCCGCAAGCUUAUCCCUCGUCGGGUCUAUCAAAAUGGACAUCAUACUCGAGUCUAAGCCAUUCCGUCUCUAAUCUUGUCUCUCAUACUGCGGGGAAAGCCAACGCUACAAUUCUGGAACUUGAGGACCUAGUCCUGCAGUGUGUGAAGGGAGGUUCAAAUGUUCGUAGCAGUACUUCACGAUUGCUCGACCAAGUCAUCACCUGGAUUGAUAUUGGAUCUUUUUGCGGUAGAGAGAAUGAGCUCCGUAAGCUGUGCGGUCUGCCGGUUUUGAUAGUCUGGAAGCGCUAA